GGAGUUGGGUUAGUUAGGGUUUGAUGUUCAGAGGAACUCCUUCAUUCUCCUUGUUCCAUCAAGGCAUCUUCGUUUGGUGGACCAGACCGGUGGCGGCACCUUCCUUAACGUGCAAUCAUGUCUCUUGCCGCCCCGCCGCAGAACGUCACAAUGGUGGCCGUCGACAAAGACAAGAACAGUGCCAACGCUUUCCGUUGGGCCGUUAAUCAUCUUGACAACCCCGUCAUCAUUGCCGUCCAUGUCAAGCACAAAAACUUUUCUCAUCAUGUCACCAAUGUGUUUCCACCCGACGAAGAUGAUGUAGUCAAUAUUUUCAAUUCCUUACGCGGAAUGUGUACUCGCAAAGCUGUCAUGAUGAAAGAAGCCGUAGUCGAUGAUGCUGAUGUUGUGAGAGGACUUCUUGAGUUUGCGAACAGGAAUCUCAUACAUAGUAUCGUGGUCGGUGCAUCUGCCAAAAACCCUUUGUCAAGUCUCAAAAAACUUAAAGCCUAUCAGUGUCAGGAUAUACCAACAGCCAUGAUCAAAUCAGCUCCGGAUUUCUGCUCUGUUUACAUAAUUUCGAAAUUGAAGCUUGUGUCUGCUCGAUCAGCGGUACGGUCAUUGUCAAAAAAUUUAACUACACCGAAAUCAAUUCCUGUGCCGCCAAGUCCACCCAGUCCAGAUGGUGGACCAUUAAGGGGACAAAUACCUAGAAGCAGGGCCAUUUACGAAGGAGCAGCAGAACCAAUGAGAGUAAUACAUGCUAGAGAAAGACCAAAGAGUGCGGGAAAUGGUAUAUCAAUAGACCACAUUGAUAUACCCGCUCGUCCACGAAAUUGGUCAAUGGAUGAAAGGGAAAUUUCAGGGCUUGGGUUAAUGGAUUUGAAUAGAAUUGAUUCUGGUAUAUCAGAAUCCCUCCCCGUGUCAUCAUCUCCUCAAUCCUCAAAAGAACUAGAAGCCGAGAUGAAAAGAUUGAGGCUUGAACUGAAGCAAACUAUGGACAUGUACAGCUCAGCUUGCAAGCAAGCAAUCUCAGCCAAAAACCAGGCGGAACAGAUUCGUCAAUGGAAACUGGAAGAGGAUCGCAGGGUUGAGGUAGUUAGGAUGUCUCAAGAGGCCGCUCUUGCAAUUGCAGAAAAGGAGAAGGCUAGAGCCAAAGCUGCAAUGGAAGCAGCUGAGGAGGCCAGGAGGAGGGCUGAACAGGAAGCACAGAGAAGAAAGGAUGCAGAGGAGAAGGCCAGGGUAGAGGCAGAAGAGAAAGAACGAGCAUUAUCUACGUUGGCUCAAAAUGAUACCCGGUAUAGAAGAUACACCAUAGAGGAGAUUGAAUUGGCCACAGAAAAGUUCUCCCCGUCAAACAAAAUUGGUGAAGGUGGAUACGGACCUGUGUUUAAAGGCCACCUUGAUCACACCCCGGUUGCAAUCAAAAUUUUAAGGCCCGAUGCCUCUCAGGGCAUGAAGCAGUUCAACCAAGAGAUUGAGGUACUAAGCUGCAUUAGACAUCCGCAUAUGGUCCUCCUCCUUGGUGCAUGUCCUGAGCAUGGAUGCUUAGUGUAUGAAUACCUGGAUAAUGGUAGCUUAGAAGACAGAUUAUUCCGGAAAAACAGCAGCAGACCAAUUCCAUGGAAGAAACGGUUCGAAAUAUCUGCUGAGAUAGCAACUGCACUCCUUUUCCUCCACCAAAACAAGCCAGAACCCAUCGUGCACCGAGACCUCAAACCAUCCAACAUUCUGGUGGACAGGAAUUACGUGAGUAAAAUCAGUGAUGUUGGUCUUGCACGUUUAGUCCCUCCCUCUGUAGCUGAUACUGUGACACAAUAUUACAUGACUUCGGCUGCUGGAACCUUUUGUUACAUUGAUCCUGAGUAUCAACAAACGGGAAUUCUAACAACAAAGUCAGAUAUAUAUUCUCUGGGGAUAAUGCUACUUCAGAUAAUCACAGGCAAGCCUCCAAUGGGCCUUGCUCACUUAGUUAGGAAGGCAGUUGAAAAGGGUAGGUUUGAAGAAGUGCUGGACCCUGUGAUCACAGAUUGGCCUGUGGAAGAGGCUCUAUCAUAUGCCAAAUUAGCAUUGCAGUGUGCCCAACUCAGCAAGAAGGACAGACCAAAUCUUGCAACGGAGGUGUUGCCUGAGCUUACCAGGUUAAGCGAACUUGAAUUGCCUCCUCAGAAUGAUCCAUUUUCUUUCAGCAGUGAUGAUACGAUCUAUAGCUGUGUUUCACGUUCCCCCACACCUCCGCGAGGUCAAUACUCAGAUUCAGAGACGUCCAAUAGGGUCUAGGUUCGUGCAUUGGCUUAUAUGUCAUGUACAAAAACAACCGAAAUGUAAUCCAUGCAACUCAAAUUAUUGAUGUAUAUGCAACUGAAAGGAGCAAAACACAAGCCAUCAAUACUCAAUUCCUAGAACAUUUUCCGGUUGUAACUUUUUUUUUGUAAUUUCUUAAAAGUGUUGUAAUUAUAUUGAUAUGUUUUCCACCAACUAGGAAGUAAUACAUUGGAUGGUGUUGGGGAAUUUAAUGCUACCCCAAGAAAGGAACAUUGCUGCUGUUAAAGGUUGACGGUGACAGACUAAGAGCAC